CGUACGGACCAAUACAGCCUCUACAUGGGACCACAGUUUGCAGUUGUGCUGAACACAGUCGACCUCGCGAGAGAGGCGUUCAAGCAGCAAGGGGAAGUGACGUCAGGGAGGAACUAUCACUUCCUGUUGGCGCGCUACCUGGGGGACGAAAACGAAGUAUUUCACGGCAUCUCUUUCAAUGAGGGUAAGCGUUGGAAGGAACAGAGGAAGUUCGCGCUCAGCAAGCUGCGUGAGUUCGGCAUGGGAAAGGUCAGCAUAGAGAAAAAGAUACAGGAGGAGGCGUCCAUCUGCCUCGCACAUCUCAGCGACACUAAGGGGGAGCCGUUUGACCCACAGACGCUGUUGAACAACGUCGUCAUUAACGUGAUAGCGUCUAUAGAGUUCGGUAAGCGCUACGACUACGAUGAUCCAGCCUUCCACAAGCUGGUCAGCGAUAUCAACGAGCUGUUUCUAGACAUCGACUUACAGGGCAUCAUAAACUACUAUCCGUGGCUGCGCCAUCUACCGGCGUUCAAACGAUUCAUCAAGAAGCUCGAUACGGGCUUUGCCGGCGUACAGCGAGAGAUCCUCGGACAACAUGUUGCGGAACACGAGCGCCGCUAUGCGCCGCCCUGCGAAAACGACGCCGACUUCAAUCUCGACGCGCUACCUGGGCACGGCCGCCAGGCGGCAGCACGAGCAAGGCGUCGUCGACACGUCUUUUACGGACCUUCAACUGGAAAAGGUCUUAAUGGAUUUGUUUUUCGCUGGAUCGCACACCGUCAUGACGACGAUACGCUGGGCUCUGCUUUUCAAUGCCUCACAAUACCCUGACCGUCAUG